AUGAUAACAUUUAGGAAUGAUUAUGACUAUCUUGGUGUGGGGGGUCAAGACUUAAAGUAUGAGUAUAGCCAACUUGAAAAAGUUAAACAAUCAUGUUCAACGCAGAAGGUUGUUGAGAACAAGGGGGAAAGCUAUCCAGAUGCAUAUUCAUAUGACAUGAGAUUCGAUAUGUCGGUUAGAGAGUCCAAAAAAAAAGUAGCUUGGGGUUCUUCAUCUCCCUUAUUUGUUGAUGAUCAGUAUCAAUCUUCAUCUUUUGUUUCUUUCUCAAGAAGUGAAUUUGAUACCGGAAUCUUGAACAAUAUUAAUGGUGGCUUGUUUAACAUUAGCUACAAGAUUAGCCUCUCAGCGAUGUCUUCUUCACCUUUUGACAAGAACUCCUUGUUUAAUAUGUCUUAUUAUUAUUCGGUGAAGAUUUUGGCAGAAGGAGUUUAUGAUUCCAGAGAUGGAACCUUGUGUAUGGUAGGUUGCCGCAACCUUGUCUCAAACAAUGGAACACCAACAACAGAACGUUCAUUGGACUGCGAGGUUCUGAUGAAAUUUCAGUUCCCUUCUUUAGAUACAAAGGGUAAGAGCCACAUUAAGGGAAGUAUUGAAAGCAUGCGCCAAAAAUCUGAUCCUCUUUACUUCAAACAAUUAGAGGUAUCCGCGGUAGCAUAUUACAUCCAAGAAGCAAGAAGAAAUGUUUGUAGAUUGGAUAUAGAAGUCAUCAUGGCUCUGGUAUCUACAACUCUAGCAUGCAUUUUCAUCGGAUUGCAACUCCACCAUGUGAAGAGAAACCCUAAUGUGCUUCCCUUCAUCUCAAUUUUCAUGAUGUCGAUUCUCACAUUAGGUCACAUGAUACCACUUGUUCUCAAUUUCGAAGCACUUCUGGCUAGAAAUCCUAACGACAAAGCCUUUGUUUUAGGAUAUGUUGAAAAAUGGCUUGAAGUUAAUGAAAUAAGUGUGAGGCUAAUCACCAUGGUAGCUUUCUUGCUGCAAUUCCGUCUCCUGUAUAUAACUUGGUCGUCAAGAAAGACUAACGAAAGCGGGAACAACCUCUGGAUUGCCGAGAAAAAGGCUUCUUAUGUGACUUUCCCCUUGUAUGCAGCCGGAUUAUUGAUUGCGUUGUUGUUGAAGUUAAAAAAGGAUAGAGAUUCGGUUACCUCAGCGUACCAUGGCUACCAACAACAUGAUUCUUCUUGGGAGAACAUAAAAUCUUAUGGUGGUUUGGUAUUGGAUGGCUUUCUUGUGCCACAAGUCAUCCUAAACUUGUUUUCAAAUACAAAUGAGAAUGUUCUUUCAUUUUCAUUUUACUUUGGAACUACUUUUGUGAGACUCUUGCCACAUGCCUACGAUCUUUACCGGACUCAUAAUUAUGCUGACGAAGAUAGUAACUCAUACUACUAUGCUGAUCCAAGCCAAGAUUUUUACUCAACUUCUUGGGAUAUUUUCAUUCCUUUGGUAGGUAUUGUAUUUGCUAUCAUUAUCUACUUGCAGCAACGUUUUGGCGCUCAAUGCGUUCUUCCUCGGAAAUUCAAAGGAUCAAAGGGAUAUGCAAAGGUGCCUGAAUCAGAAGGAGAAGUAGAGACAACCAACUUGUAA